GCUCUCUAGUCUCUCUAUCUGUGUUCUGUUCAUCUGUUGUACCUGAGGACCUAUUACCUGCCUGUUUUGGACCUUGCCUGUUUAUUGGACUUUUGAUUCUUGCCUGCUCCUUGUCGGAUUAGUUUGUCUGUUUGGACUACCUUCUCUGGUUUUGACCCUUGCCUGCCUCACCAUCCCCAAAGCGCUGCGUCCCCAUCAGCUGUUCGAGCAGCGCGCAGCAGCAGCGCUGGACCAAGCAAGCAGAGAACACUUUUUACACCCCAUCUCCCCUCAAUAGUCCAUGUAGCUUUCCCGCUCGAUACCAGUGAAAGAAGAGAUGAAGAUGAGGUGUUCCUCAUGGCUGGAGCGCUUUCUAUGCUGCGUCUUUAUUCUCGUCAGCCCAGCUGCAUCGCAAUGGCCAGAAGACAGUGGAGUCUCCCUGCUGCAGCUCAUUGGGGACCCUCCUCCAAAUGAGAUCACCAGAGUCUACGGGCCAGACAACAGCCCUGGCUACGUCUUUGGCCCCGAUGCCAACACGGGCCAGCUGGCGCGCGCCCACCUGCCGAGCCCAUUCUACCGAGACUUUGCCCUCAUCUUCAACCUGAAACCCACCUCAAACAAGGGAGGCGUCAUCUUCUCUGUCACAGACGCCGCACAGCAGAUCAUGUAUGUGGGUGUUAAACUGUCAGAUGUGCAGGGCGGCAACCAGAAUGUGAUCCUGUACUACACAGAGCCUGACUCACAGCAGUCUUACGAGGGGGCCAGGUUCCUUGUGCCCUCCUUGAGGGAUACCUGGACCCGUUUUGCCAUCGCUGUGAGGGAUGACAGGGUGAUGUUCUACCUCAACUGCGACACAGAUCCUCAGGUGAUGCGCAUAGAGAGGUCCCCGGACGAGAUGGAGCUGGAGGCUGGCGCUGGAGUCUUUGUCGGGCAAGCUGGAGGGGCUGAUCCUGAUAAGUUCCUGGGGGUGAUCGGUGAGCUGAGGGUGGUGGGAGACCCUCGUGCAGCUGAGAGGCACUGUGAGGAAGAUGAAGAUGACUCAGAUAUGGCUUCAGGGGAUGGAAGUGGCUACGGAGAUACCAGACCGCUAAAACCAGCCCUGGAGAAACAUACAUGGACGACUAGUCCUCCAUCUUCCCGACCCAUUCAACAGCCACCCGUGAUCAGGAAAGAGGAGGCGUCAAUUACAAGAGAGACAGGGCCAAUUGGGGCUAAAGGAGCGAAGGGUGACCGAGGGGACAGAGGAGAGAAAGGAGAUAGAGGUCCAACUGGGGCGAAGGGAGAAGCAGGUUCAGGCUCUGGCUUCAGUUCACGGGGUGGAGGCCAUGGAGGAAAGGGAGAAAGAGGGGAAAAGGGAGCCAAGGGCAGUGCAGGCUUUGGCUCUCAAGGACCGAAGGGAGAGCCUGGCCUCCCUGGGCCCUCUGGGCCCCCUGGUCCCCCUGGCCCUUCAGCCGAUUUUUCAGCUGGCAGUGACGGCUCAGUUGUUUCAAGGGUCCCUGGACCCCGAGGACCAGCUGGACCACAUGGUGUCCCAGGCCCACCGGGACCACCAGGAGCUGAUGGAGAGCCAGGUGAUCCUGGUGAGGAUGGAAAAGCUGGUGCUGAAGGACCUCCAGGCUUCCCAGGAACUCCAGGUGACCCUGGACCCAAAGGGGAUAAGGGAGACCGCGGAGAGGGACAACCGGGCCCCAGGGGACCCCCAGGUCCUCCUGGACCCCCAGGACCUGGAAUCAGAUCUACUUUUGUGGACAUGGAAGGCUCUGGGUUCCCCACUUUGGAUUCUCCCCAGGGGCCACCAGGUCCCCCCGGUCCCCCUGGUCCCCCCGGUCCUCCUGGUCCCUCUACAACAGGUACAGCAUUGAGUUCUGGAGCAUUUGGACCACCAGGGAAGGACGGCGCAAAAGGUCAAGAUGGUUUGCCUGGUUUGCCAGGUACUGAUGGCCUCCCAGGAGCUCCUGGUCCUAAGGGAGAAAAGGGUGAUUCAGGCGAGCUGGGUCUUCCAGGAGCAGUUGGAGAGAAGGGAGCUAGAGGAGACCCAGGUUUACCAGGAACAACAGGACAGACUGGACUGGCUGGUCUGCCUGGACCACAGGGACCAGUUGGGCCACCUGGGCCUCCUGGACCUCCUGGACCAAGUUAUCGUGUUGGAUUUGACGACAUGGAGGGCUCCGGCGGAGUUUUGUCUAAUGGACUUCCUGGCAUCAGAGGACCAGCUGGAAGACAGGGUCCUCCUGGCACGCCUGGAGUUCCGGGUAAAAAUGGGUUGCCUGGCCUACCAGGCCAAAAGGGCAUGGAAGGUCCUGUAGGAAAAGAUGGGCGACCGGGAUUGGAUGGCUUCCCAGGACCUCCGGGACAGAAGGGUGACAGAGGUGACAAAGGAGAGACGGGUGAACCAGGCCGAGAUGGAAUCGGGCUCCAAGGCCCACCAGGCCCACCUGGACCACCAGGACAAGUCAUCUACCAGAAUCCUGACAAUUUUGAUGGUGUUGCUGGCAGAGUUGGGCCUCAGGGAGGACCUGGUUUACCUGGUCAAGCUGGAUUCCCUGGUCCGAUUGGACCAAAGGGUGACAGAGGAGAACCAGGCACCCCAGGUUAUGGAUCGAAGGGUGAGAAGGGUGAGCCAGGCUUAGUAAUCGGUCCUGAUGGAAAUCCUCUGUAUCUGGAUGGGCUAAUAGGUUUGAAGGGAGAGAGAGGACCUAUUGGACCUGCUGGACCUCCUGGUCCCUAUGGGCCUCCUGGAUUAAAGGGUGAAAUUGGAAUGCCUGGAAGACCUGGUCGCCCUGGUGUAAAUGGAUACAAGGGUGAGAAAGGAGAGCCAGGAGGAGGUGCUGGCUAUGGCUACCCAGGAGUCCCCGGCCAACCAGGACCUCCUGGACCACCUGGACCUCCUGGGCCAGCCAUUCCUAUAGAUCGCUUCAAUCGCUAUGAUGAAACUUCAAGGAAUUAUCCAGCAAUUAAAGGAGAAAAAGGAGAGCGUGGUGACCGUGGAGUUCCAGGGAUCCCAGGAACGUCCUCCAACAUUGAUAUUUACGCUUUCAAGAAUGAACUGAAGGGAGAGCGUGGAACCACAGGAGUGAAGGGAGAAAAGGGAGAGCCUGGUGGUGGAUAUUAUGACCCACGUUUUGGAGUACAAGGCCCACCAGGACCUCCUGGCAAACAAGGCUUACCGGGACCAAAAGGAGAUUCCAUAAUGGGCCCUCCUGGACCUCCGGGAUCACCAGGGCAACCAGGGAUUGGUUAUGAUGGGCGUCAAGGCCCUCCAGGUCCACCUGGACCUCCAGGCACACCAGGGUCUUACUCUCUACCUGGAGCAUAUAGGCCCAAUCAACCUGUCAGUGUACCAGGGCCUCCUGGUCCUCCUGGACCCCCUGGAAGUCCUGGUCUAUCAUCUGGGGUUACAGUUUUGAGGUCAUAUGACACAAUGAUUGCUACUGCCAGACGCCAGGCGGAGGGCAGCCUGAUCUACAUCAUAGACAAAGCAGACCUCUAUUUAAGAGUCCGCGACGGACUGCGACAAGUCAUGCUUGGAGAGUACAGUCCCUUCUUCAGAGAUCUGGAGAAUGAGGUGGCAGAGGUCCAGCCUCCACCUGUCAUCCUAUACUCCCAGUCCCCAGAACAGUCCCACAACAAUGGAGCUGGCCAUUACUCACAGGAUGUUUCUGCUGCACGACCCAUCGAGCCUCCACCACACCCACCUGUAGACCCCAGAUACCCACCACGUUAUGAUCCCAGAUUCCCAGACCCCAGAUACACAGAUGGAAGAUCAGCCACUCACCAGUCUGAGAACAGAUACCCAGUAACUCCCCAGCGACGCCCCAGCCAACCUGUAGUGCAGCCUGCAGUGCAUGCGGGCACAUCAGCAUCAGGACUACAUCUCAUUGCCCUGAACGCCCCUCAAACUGGUAAUAUGCGAGGAAUUCGCGGGGCAGACUUCUUGUGCUUCCAGCAGGCCCGUGCCGUUGGCCUGAAGGGCACCUUCAGAGCUUUCCUGUCCUCCAAGCUUCAAGACCUCCACACCGUCGUCCGCAGGUCGGACAGGGACAGCAUCCCUAUUGUGAACCUCAAGGACCAAACGUUGUUUAGCAGUUGGGAGUCCAUCUUCAGUGAUGAUGCGAGCAAAAUGAGGGAGAAUGUACCAGUUUACUCCUUUGAUGGAAGAGAUAUCCUCAGGGACAGUGCAUGGCCAGAGAAAAUGAUCUGGCACGGCUCAAGCAAGAAAGGCCACCGGCAAACAGACCACUACUGCGAAACAUGGCGGGCAGGCGACCGCGCUGUGACUGGUUUGGCAUCAUCACUACACAGCGGCCACCUCCUGCAGCAAAGCUCCAGUAGCUGUUCCAGCUCCUAUAUCGUCCUCUGCAUUGAGAACGCCUUCACAUCACCCUCCAAAAAAUAAAUACCGUCCAUCCUCCUUUUUUUGUGUUUUGGGCCCCAGUUAAACAGUUUUAAUGUCCAAACAGACAUGUUUUUCUAAUUCCCUGAUAACAUGCCUUGUGAACAUGUGGCGUCCAAUGAACUGGCCCUGAGGCUCUUUGCCUGGCAGAGACGCUUUGCAUUGUCUGCUCCUCCCCUCCAUAAACGCCAAAGAGAUGGGUCGGACAGAGGGGUCCUUUUUCUCGGGAGCAUUGGCACAUAUUUUCUUCAAGGGGUGGAACAAGAGCGGAAAAGCUACAGUAAAUGUGUUCUCAAAUUGUAUCCAUUUUUUAAAAGAAAAAUCUGUAUAUUACAUGUUUGUCGUUUGUGUUCUUUUUUGUUUAUUUUUUGAUGUUAUCAACUUUUACCUUUUGAACUGUUUUUAAAAUUGCUAUAUACAUCCUGUUAUUGUUAGGUAUUGAUCAUUUUCACAUUUGUCCCAAUUUCAUUUUAGAGUUGUGGGUUACUGCGGGGUACAGCAAAGUUUUAAAGACUAUUUUAAAUUUAAAGAAGAUAAUAGAUAUUUAUUUUUAAAUGAAGUUAUGUAAGGACAAAAAAGUGAUUUGGAAAAGUAAAAAAAUGCUAAAUACCCUCAUUUAUAUUCUACACAACACAGAACAUUUAAUUCUUUUUCGUAAGAGCUUUUGAUCACUGUGCCUUAUUACACAAUCAGGACUGCUUUGCAAAAUAAGCUCAUAUAGUGAACCACAUCUUUUUGUAUAUUCUACAAACAUGUAAACAGCAGCUACAUUUUUGCCCAAGUGCAUUCAUAUGCAGCAUAUGCCUUUUAUUUCACAUAAAUUGAAAGGCCUUGUUGUACACAGACACUACUGUAACGAAUAAUCCCAAAACCAGAGGACCAGAUUCCUUUAGCUGACAUUGAGCCUUGUGAAUUUAAAAUGAUUAUUGCCCCUUUUACCACUUAAGAAAAACCUAUCACAGAGUAAGCUGGGAAUGAUUAGUUUGCUGCUAAUCUUUGUUGGAGUGAUUGCUGUCCCUGGUUACAGGGAGAGGAAAACCAGUAUGUUAAGGAUGCAGUUUUGUAGUAGCCUUGCAUUGAAUUUCAGAGACUAACCUGGCUUUAGUGCUACUGAUGUCUUGACUGAACUUGUGGAUAUACAUUUUUAUAACACAUUGUGCUGUACUGUUUCUCCCAGGCACUGAAUAAAAGUCUUUUCAACCACAACAA